CAAAGGUCAUGCUUUGUUAUUCUUUUCAUAGUGCUGGAGCAUAGAACAUAGCUAUGGCGUCCAAACCAGGGCCCCUAACUGAUUGGCCAUGGAAGAAGCUUGGAAAUUUCAAGUAUAUGGUGAUCGUGCCAUGCGCUAUCCAUGCGGUGUACAGAAUAUAUGGCGCACAAAAACAGAAGAGAGACCACGCAACCAUCAUAUCCUUGGGUCUCUUUCUCUCCAGGAUCAUCCAUGACCAACUUUGGAUCACACUCUCUCGCUUUCAAACUGCAAGAAGCAAGCAUAGGAUACAAAGCCGAGGCAUAGACUUUGAGCAAGUCGAUAGAGAGAGGAACUGGGAUGAUCAAGCAAUUCUUCAUGCCAUAAUAUUCUAUAUAGGCGAGCUGUUUCUCCCUGGAGCUCAGAAUUUACCUCUGUGGAACACAAAGGGAGUCAUUAUUGCAGUCCUCUGCCAUGCUGGUCCUGUGGAGUACAUAUAUUAUUGGGCUCACAGGGCAUUACACCACCAUUUCCUUUACACUCGUUAUCAUUCUCACCACCAUUCCUCUUUUGUCACUGAACCAAUCACCUCUGUUGUGCACCCAUUUGCAGAGCACAUAUUGUAUGCCCUCAUCUUUGCUGUUCCAUUCCUGGCCACGGUGUUGACUUACACUGCCUCCUACACUGUGCUGAUUGGGUACAUGACCUUCAUAGAUUUCAUGAACAAUAUGGGUCAUUGUAACUUCGAGUUCUUCCCAAAAUGGACGUUCAAGAUCUUCCCUCCUCUUAAAUACCUCAUCUACACUCCAUCGUAUCACUCCCUACACCAUUCGCAAGUGCACACCAAUUUCUCACUCUUCAUGCCAAUAUAUGAUUACAUGUAUAAUACUGUGGACAAGACCACAGACUCGGUGUAUGAAAGCUCCAUAGAGGGAAGGGAGGAUACAACAGAUGUGGUCCACUUGACCCACCCAACGAGCCUUCACUCCAUUUACCAUCUUCGUCUAGGGUUUGCUUACUUAGCAGCUGAGCCCUACUCUUCAAAAUGGUAUUUGUGGUUGAUGUGCCCACUUAGCUUUGUUUUGAUGUUGGUCACUUGGAUAUUUGGCUGCACUUUUGUAGUUGAGAAGAACAAACUAUAUGAGCACAAAAUGCAAACUUGGGCAAUCCCAAGAUAUAAUUUUCAGUACUCGCUAAAAUGGCAAAAGGCACCCAUCAACAACAUGAUAGAGAAAGCUAUACUUGAGGCUGAUGCAAUGGGUGUGAAAGUAAUAAGCCUAGGGCUUCUUAACCAGGGAGAGGAGUUCAAUAAGAAUGGGGAGCUCUACCUCCACAAUCGUGAAAAACUCAAGACCAGGAUUGUGGAUGGGAGCACGCUAAGCGCUGCCACGGUCCUCAAUGGCAUCCCACAUGGAACACAGAAGGUUCUUAUCAGAGGAUGCCUUACAAAGACACUGUUCACAACUGCUCUAGCAUUAUUGGAGAGGAGGACUAAGAUCGUCGUGAUUCGCACUGAAGAGUAUGAGAACCUGAAAAUGAGGAUCCCCUCUAAGUAUCAAAGUGGCAUUUCACUCUCCAAUAAUUAUGAUACAAAGGUAUGGCUGGUGGGAGAGGAUCUAAGGGCAGAGGAGCAAAGUAGAGCCAAUAGGGGCACACUUUUCAUUCCCUUCACCCAAUUCCCACCUCGAGCUGUGCGUGAAGACUGUAUUUAUCACACAACUCCUGCCUUGGUCAUUCCGCGUACUCUUGAAGAUGUGCACUCGUGCGAGAACUGGCUGCCAAGGAGGGUGAUGAGUGCAUGGCGCGUAGCCGGGAUUGUGCAUGCAUUGGAAGGAUGGGACUCUCAUGAGUGUGGAAACAUGACACUAGAUGUUGAGAAAGUGUGGUCUACUACUCUGUCUCAUGGUUUUAAGCCUAUCAACAAUGUGAAGUUCAACUAGUUCAAUGUGAAGUUUCAUGAGAUCUUAAACAAGUAGUCUGCUUUUAGCAUUUACACCCCGUGCAUAUGUUUGUGGGUGCACAGGCCUUCAUAUCUGGUGUUACAAGGGUUGUAGCUUCACUGAUAAACAUAUUUUUAGUGUUGUGGGUUUGAUUUACAGCUUUAGAGAUCGAAUAUGUUGAAGAAUGGCUUUUCUAGUA